CAACAACCCCAUUUAUAUCUCUCUGCAUCAACAUUUACUCCCGUACUCCUCAACCAUGUUCUCACUAAUUCUGAAACUCCGCGUAAAUAUCUAACACCUUCUUCCUAUUUAAUUUCAUUAUAUCAGUCAAGAUCUCAAGCUGUGUAACACAUCCAACCCAACUUUCCUUUUUUCUUCGUUCAUAUAGUGUUUCUGUCUGAAUAGAAGGUGUGAAGAAAGAGAGAGAGAGAAGAUGGGGAGAGGAGGAGUAAAGGGUUUGCUGAUGGUGUGGUUAGUGGUGGUGUGGGGUUGGGCGUGGGCUUCUGCGGCGGAUAAUCCGGCGGAGGAAUGUAAGGAUGAUUUUCAGAAGGUGAUGUCGUGUCUUGAGUUUGCGACGGGGAAGGCGACGGUGCCGACGAAGGAUUGUUGUACGGCGGUGGAAGGGAUAAAGGAAGAUGACCCAAAGUGUUUGUGCUUUAUCAUUCAACAGACUCAUAGUGGUGGUCAGACCAUUAGGAGCUUAGGUAUACAGGAGGCUAAGCUCCUUCAACUUCCUUCUGCUUGCCACCUCAAAAACGCCACCGUUUCGAAUUGUCCCAAGCUACUAGGGCUACCUCCUGGCUCUCCAGACGCAGCUGUGUUCGAUGCUACUGGUAAUAACACCAGUAGUAAUAAUUCAUCAAACACACCGGCAACUCCGAAACCAUCAGACAUCUCCGGUGCGGGCGCCGGCGUCGGAACCACCACCAACAACUUGAAGCUGUUCGUUUCUUUCUUCGCAAUCGUCUUCUUCUAUGCACUGACGUAGACUUUUUCUUCUGUAAUAUUUCUCAUUCACUUCGUCUUCUCUUCUCUCUGAAUUUCUCUGAAUUUCUUGCUUUCUCAUUCUCUCUCCAAACUUUAUCUUCGCUUUAUAUAUUUCCUCAAAUGCAGUGUUCGAACUCGCAUCGCUUUUUAA